AUGGAGACCAGGGAGGAAAAAUCUGAAUGGCAGAACCUUGUGAAAGAGGCCGUUUUGAGUGAUUCUAGUGCACAGGAAUCCAACAGGGAAGAAAAACCUCAGACAUCCCACAUGAGGAGGGGCUCCAAACCCAGCCCAGGGUUCUCUGAGGAAGAACGACCCACCCUGAGCCAGGAAGGUGGACAGAGCUUCAGCCAGAGUUCCGAGCUGGUGGCCCAUGAGCAGCUUCCUGAUAAGGAGAAGCCCCACAAGGGCUUGGAGUGUGGGAAGAGCUUCAGACAGAGCAGCACCCUGAUCCGCCACCAACGCAUCCACACUGGGGAGAGGCCCUACCGGUGUCCCACAUGUGGGAAGAGGUUUCAGACCAGCUCCAAUCUCCUCCUGCAUGAGCGGAUUCACACAGAGGAGAGGCCCUUCCCCUACUCUGACUGUGGGAAGGGCUUUAAGCAAAAGUCCCACCUCAUCACCCACCGGUGCAUCCACACUGGGGAUAGGCCCUUCGAGUGUUCCCAGUGUGGGAAGAGCUUCACCUGCAGCUCUGCCUUGAGCAGACAUCAAUGGAGGCACCGGUAA